AUGAGUGUAAUGUUUGGCAAGCGUCGUCGAAAGGCUCUCGUAACAGACUCUCAGCCUCAACUUUCCUCUCCAAAAGACAUUAAUGCUAACGUUGGAAAUGAAAUAAUUUCUAAAAGUGACAGAGUGUUGGUAGAUGACACAUCCAAUGCGCUCAUUUCGUUCUUAAACCUUGGCGUGGACCCUUGGCUGGUCAAACGCUGCGAGUUGUUGGGUAUUCGUCAUCCCACUCCCGUUCAGGCUCAUUGUAUCCCUCCCAUUCUUUCAGGGCGAGAUGUCAUUGGAUGUGCACAAACUGGAAGUGGCAAGACAGCAGCCUUUGCCCUGCCCAUCUUGCACACACUAAGUCAGGAUCCCUACGGCCCAUACGCUCUUGUACUGACGCCCACGAGAGAGCUUGCUUUUCAAAUUGCUGAUCAAUUUAACGCUUUUGGAAGCUCCAUGGCUGUACGCUGUGCCGUGAUUGUCGGCGGCGUAGACAUGCUGAAGCAGUCAUUGACCUUGCAGCAGUGUCCACAUAUUAUUGUAGCUACUCCGGGUCGAUUUCAUGACCAUUUGCUUCGUGUGAAGCCGCCAAAUCUCUCUUUAGUCAAGUAUGUGGUACUAGACGAGGCUGAUCGAUUGCUGGACAUUUCUUUUGCCAAAGAUUUAAGUUUUAUCUUUGACAAGCUGCCGCCGAAGCGUCAAACGCUACUUUUCUCCGCGACGAUGACAGCAAAUUUAGACCGACUAGAACAAACAGCGCUUUCGAACGACGCAUUUCGUUUUGAUGCGACACCGAGCGUCAAGACAGUUGCGACUUUAAAGCAGUUUUAUUUAUUCAUUCCAGCUCAGGUCAAAAUGACAUACCUCAUGUAUUUAAUGAUAAUGCUUGAUCCGACCGAAGAGGACGUAAACGAGGAGCAGAACAACCGCAAACAAACUAAAAGCCACAAUGGGAAGGAAAAACGAAAUCUAAAAAAAAUGCUUGAUGUUUCUCUAUCAUCUAAACGUCAAGUGCGGUCGAUGAUGAUCUUUGUAUCAACGUGCAAGAUGUGUGAGCUCAUAGGCGAAAUUGGUCACGAGCUUGGCACUCAAUGCGUGACGCUGCACUCGAUGAUGUCGCAAAAUCGGCGUCUAGCAGCAUUAGGUCGUACAGCUCGUGCAGGUCGAAAAGGUCAAGCCAUUUCAUUAGUUACACAACACGACAUUGAACUUUUACAGAACAUCGAAGACAUAGUGGGCAAGAAAAUGGAUGACUAUGAGUCUGAGGCACCUGAAAAAGAGGUGCUUAAACUGCUAAAUGAUGUCACCACUGCGUCGCGUAUUGCAAAAAUGAAACUUACUGAGCGCGGAUUUGACGACAAGGUAAUUGCUCGUAAAGUUAAACGUCAGGAGCAGCAAAGAAAUCGAAACAAAAAAGUUAAAAAGGAGUAG